AUGUUGCCCAAGACUCACCGUCGCAGUGUAGACGGCACCACGACCAAUGUCGAUAUAAAUAAGAAAGCAGACGGCUAUGCGACGACGCUUGAGACAUCCGCCACUCUCCCGUCACCGACCCGAGACAAUGUCUCCAGAGACCAGCAGCACCAGCAUUUCGCCGAGGCGUCCUCCGCCACCAACCGCUCGUCGCCGCCGCCCUCGACGCCUCCCGACGGCGACGACGGCGCCGAGUUCCCCGAGACCGCCGACGCCGCCACCACCACCACCCCCGAGGCGCAGCGCACCAAACUCGAGACGACGCUCGUCAUGGUGGCGCUCUGCAUCGCCCUGUUCCUGGCCGCCCUCGACAUGACCAUUGUCACGACGGCCGUCCCGACCAUAUCCGCCCACUUCCAGUCCACCUCGGGCUACGUCUGGAUCGGCAGCGCCUACAUGCUGGGCAGCGCCGCCCUCGUGCCCACCUGGGGCAAGCUGUCGGACAUUUUCGGCCGCAAGCCCAUCCUCAUGACCGCCGUCGUCGUCUUCUGGGUCGGCUCGCUCGUCUGCGCCCUCAGCACCAGCAUGGGCAUGCUCAUCGCCGCCCGCGCCCUCCAGGGCGUCGGCGGCGGCGGCACCAUUGUCCUGCCCAACAUUUGCGUCGCCGACCUCUUCUCCCCGCGCAGGCGCGGCGUCUACUUUGGCUUCCUCGGCAUGAUUUGGGCCCUCGCCUCGGCCAUUGGGCCCAUCAUCGGCGGCGCUUUCACGCAGAGGGUCUCGUGGCGCUGGUGCUUCUGGAUCAACCUGCCCUGCGGCGGCCUCGCUUUUUUUAUCCUCCUCUUCUUUCUCAAGCUGCACAACCCCCGCACGCCCGUCGGGGCUGGCCUGGCUGCUAUUGAUUGGGUCGGCAAUGUCCUCAUUAUUGGCGGCACCAUCAUGCUGCUCAUGGGAUUGGAAUUUGGCGGCAGCCAGUUUCCUUGGGAUUCGGCCACGGUCAUUUGCCUGAUUGUAUUCGGUGCCGUCACCAUUGGCAUUUUCCUCGUCUACGAAUCGCGCGUCGCCAAGUUCCCCGUCAUUCCUAUGCGACUGUUCAACACGACAACUAGCAUCGCCACCUAUGUCACCUCGUCGUUGCACGCCUUUACCUUUAUCUCUGGAAGCUACUACAUGCCUCUGUAUUUCCAGUCAGUCCUCGGCGCCAACUCGCUACUCUCUGGUGUCUAUCUGCUGCCCUUUGUCUCCGUCAUGUCGCUCAUGUCUGCCUUUAUCGGCUUCUUCAUCAACAAAACUGGCAAAUACAAGAUUGUCAUUACCAGCGGCCUGGCCUGCUCCACUCUUGGCUUUGGACUUUUUACGUAUCUCGGUGAUCGUCCUCACUGGGACCGCAUUGUCCUCUUUCAGAUGAUUGCCGGCCUGGGUAUCGGCCCCAACUUCCAAGCUCCCCUCAUCGCUCUACAGGCCAAUGUUGCGCCUGGAGACAUUGGCGCCGCCACGUCUAGUCUACAGUUUGUACGCCAGCUGUGCACAGCCACAUCAGUCGCUGUCGGCGGCGUCGUCAUUGCCAACAGGAUGCAGGCUCAGCAGGGCCACCUGACGGCCGUGCUUGGCGCCGAUGUUGCCCGCUUGUUUGCAGGUACCGAUGCCGCGUCCAAUGUGAACCGUAUCAAAGAGCUGCCGGUGGAUGACCGUCAAACAGUAAAGACUGCCUACUGGAACUCGAUCCAGAUCAUGUUUGCCGUCUUUACGUGCAGCUGUUUCCUCGGGUUCCUUGCUAGUUUUCUCAUCAAGCAAAACACCCUGUCCAAGCAGCAUACCGAACACAAGACCGGCCUGCAGACACUCACGGCUGAAGUCAAGGGGAAGAAGGAAAACAGCGAUGAAGAAACCGGGGAAUUUUCUCCCAUGACGCAAACGUUUGAAAAGUAA